AUGCCCCUGCAGCAGCUACAUCCGUACCCUUAUGCUGUGAUCCAUACAAGUUUUUUAGUGCUGCUUAGUUUCGUAUCAUGUGUUGUGAUCUCGCCAGCGGCAUGCUCUCCUCGGCCACACAUCGUCUUCAUCCUGGCGGACGACAUGGGCUGGAACGACGUCAGCUUUCACGGCUCGAACCAAAUUCCCACGCCCAACCUCGAUGUUCUUGCCUCAGAGGGCAUUCUCCUCCACCACUACUACACCAUGCAAUUGUGCACACCUUCCAGGGCCGCGCUGCUUACCGGAUUAUAUCCAAUGAGAACAGGAAUGCAAUCGGGCGUCAUCUACAACGCGGAGCCUUGGGGACUUCCACUCAAUUUGAAGAUUAUGCCUGAACAUUUCAAAGACUUAGGAUACGAAGUACAUUUGAUCGGUAAAUGGCAUCUUGGUUACUUUAAAACCGCGUAUACGCCUUUGAGGCGCGGAUUCGACACUUUCUACGGGUAUUAUACCGGCAGAGAGGACUACUACGACCACACAUCUGGCGAGGAGCACGUCGGCCUUGACCUGAGGGAUAACGAGACGCCGGACUGGGGAGAAAACGGAACUUACGCUACUCACCUGUUCACCAACAAGUUCCUUAAUCUCAUUGAGAAUCACGACAAAUCUAAGCCAUUUUUCGGCUAUUUCAGCCAUAUAGCUCCGCACGUCGGAGGAUAUGCAGAUCCUUUUCAAGCGCCUCAAAAGAACGUGAGAAAGUUUUCUUACAUUGGUCACAAGGACAGAACUUACUACGCAGGCAUGGUAGACGCGUUAGACGAGUCGGUGGGGGCCGUGGUGGAUGCUCUUAACAGGACCGGCAUGCUGAACGACACCAUAAUCGUGUUCAGCUCGGACAACGGCGCAUCUCUCCAAGGUGCAGAUUUCAGCGGCGGCAGCAGCUGGCCGUUCCGUGGGUACAAAGCCACCCUCUGGGAAGGCGGGUUGCGGGCUCCGGGAUUUGUCUGGAGCACGCGGCUCAAGAAGCGGCGUCGGCUGUCGCGUCAAUUGAUGCACAUCGUCGACUGGCUACCGACUCUGUAUUCAGCUGCCGGUGGAAACGUGGAACACCUAGGUCCUACGGAUGGCUUCGAUGUGUGGCAUGCGCUAUCAGAAGGCACCGAAUGGCCGCGGCAGGAGAUACUCCACAACGUGGAUCCAGUGAGCAGAGCCAUGGCGCUGAGAGUGGGCCGCUACAAGCUCUUGGUUCAGGCAUCGAAAAACGACACCAAAUUGAAGAACAACCGCCACCCUGUGAAAGGCAUGGAUCAUCCACUGGACGACUUGACGCCGCUGCGCGCAGCUUCAAGGACGGCUAGGGUGUUCAAGUCACUGUACGGUAGACUCCGCUUCGAAUCUGACAAGAACUGGACGCAGGAGGCGACGGUGAAGUGCGCGUCUGCAGCCAGCAUGAAGCCGCCGAAAAAGGGUCCCUACUUGUUCGACAUUGAGCGGGACCCCUGCGAGACACGGAACCUGGCCGCUUCGCACAAAACG